AAGGGGACGCUUCUGUAGAUAUUGUCGAAAGUAUGGUAAUAGCUUUUAACUUACGAUAGGUUUAUACUUAGUAACAUUAAUAAUUUAGUAAGAUUUGUGAAGGCCUAGAAUACGGAAAAAAUCCUUUUUAUUUCAUAACUAUGAGGUUCAAUGACAAAGAAAUAUUUCCAGUAGCUUUUGGGAAAGCAGAUAAAGAGGGACGCCUCAAUCAUAAAGUUCGCGGAUUUAGAGAUAGUUACAAAGAAAGAUGGUUCAAGCUGAAAGGAAACUUACUGUUUUACUUCAAAGUGAAUGAGUUUGGUGCUGUUAUUGAAAAGGAGCCCGCAGGACUGUUUGUUAUAGAACAGUGUAAAGUGGAACAUGAAACUUUGAGUGACUUACCUUUCUGCUUCUCCAUAAGUAAGUGA